UGCCGCUGUUCAACCCUGCACAGUGUCGGUUUGAGUUUGUUCCGGCAGAAGAGAGUGAACACGCCAACCCAUGGAAGGAGAGUUUCAGACAUCUCUACCGUGGCGUGCACGUGAGACCAGGCUACCAGAACACACUGCACCAGGGUCGACGCAUUGCGCAUUUUGACACAGUACAGGGUGCGCUUGAACACGUUGACAGUUUCGCUGGCAGUGCGCUCAUUUUCCUCCAUGCUGGUACCUAUCGGGGCGAGUUUCUUGUCAUCGAUUCCGAUGUUUCACUAAUUGGAGCUGCACCAGGAAAUGUUGCAGAAUCAGUUUAUUCUAGAGAGAGAAUCAGAAUCCACAGUGAUGUUUGUGGAGGGUGCUAAGAACGCUUACGCCGGCCACUUGACGUUAAAGUUCUCGCCAGACGUAGCAUCUAAUGUUCCACACAACAAACAUUACUGUCUAGAAGUUGGCGAGAAUUGUAGUCCCACGAUUGAUCAUUGUAUCAUCCGCAGCUCUUCAGUUGUGGGUGCUGCUGUGUGUGUGACGGGUACUGGUGCAUCGCCCACCAUCAAACAUUGUGACAUCAGUGACUGUGAGAAUGUGGGCCUGUAUGUAACCGACUACGCUCAGGGAACAUAUGAGGACAACGAGAUAUCACGCAAUGCACUUGCUGGCAUCUGGGUUAAGAACUAUGCCAAUCCGAUCAUGAGGCGCAACCACAUCCAUCAUGGUCGCGAUGUCGGGAUAUUCACAUUCGACAAUGGUCUAGUAAGUUCAACUGUGCUAUGGAUGUGCAUUUUCUACAUUUGAACC